AUGCUUUGCAAUUCAAUUUUUUAUUUAGAAAAUCUUUCUGGCCUUUUUAUGAAAAUGGACAUACAACAACAACAACAUCAACCGCUUUGUUAUAAUUCUCAGCCGCCAACAGAAAUAAUGGGAAAUGAGGGGCAGAAAGUCUUUAUUUUUCAGUCCCGUCAAUGUGGAUUCAAUAAUAGAUUUCCAUCAAAAUUCUCAGUGCUUGGAAUACAAUUUACGACUCUGGAGAAAUACAUUAUUUGGCAAAAAGCUCGUUAUUUUGCUGACUUUGAAAUUGCCGAACACAUUCUUCAUCUACAGAAUCCCGAUCAAAUUUAUCGCAUUGGCUUGCGUAUUCGCGGGUUUAAAAUUGAAGAAUGGAAUAAAGUUAGAGACAAAAUCAUGUACAUGGGUUUGUGGGCAAAAUUCACUCAAAAUGCUCAACUUCUAUCGCAGCUUCGCGAAACUGGUAAUUCGAUGAUCGCUGAAGCAACUCAAGUUAACAAAUAUUGGGAAGGUGGUAUUUGCUCUUCGCAACUUCAUCGUUUGAGUGAUCCAAGCUCUUGGGAUGGCGACAACAAACUUGGCGUUUUAUUGAUGCAACUUCGAAAAGAAAUAAACGAAUGCAUAUUUUAA